AUGAUUUUUAAUAGAUCAGUAACAUUUCUGAUAUUUUUCUUUUUAAUUAAUAACAUAUCUUGUUAUGGGGAUUUAUUCUUCAUGGAUUACCAUGAACGUAAUCUACCGAUUGAAUUGUCAAUAACAAAUAAUUCACAAGAUAAUCUAAUUCUCCCAUUUAAUAAGACAAGAGUAAUAGGUAGUAAAAAUCAUAAAGAAGUUCAAAACUUUAUAAUAGACCAUUUUACUAAUACUCUUUCACGUAAAUGGGUAUUUGAAGAAGAUUCAUUUGAAGCAAAUAAUCAUAAUUUCACAAAUUUAAUAUUUACUUUAAAUAAACCUAAUGUCAGUAAAUAUAUUGUCAUUGGUGCUCAUUAUGAUUCAAAGAUUUUACCAAAAAAGGAGUACAUUGGCGCUGUCGACAGUGCUGCCACAUGUGGUAUUCUAUUAUAUGUCUCUAAAUUUUUGGAUAGAAUACUUACAGAAGAAUCAGACUCCCUUGCCUCAAGGUUAAUUAAUGAAUCUAAUUUUGGUUUAAAAAUUGUUUUCUUUGAUGGUAAAGAAUCAAUCAAACAAUGGUCACCAGAAGAUUCAUCUUAUGGUGCAAAGCAUUUAGCUGAAAUAUGGGAAGAACAGGGAAUCAAUGAUAAGAUUGAACUAUUUAUUGUCGCCAAUUUAUUAGGUGGACCUGAACAAAAGGAUGGUGUUACUAGUCACUUCAUUAACACUUUAGGAUAUUUGAAAAUGCUGGAAGAUGUCGAAACCGUUUAUAAUAGUAUAGAUUUGAACAAUAUUGAUAACAUAAACAUGAGACUAAGAAAGAAACAGGUAAUCUCAAGGUCAAAGUCUUUUAUGACUGCACAAAAAUAUACGGUCAAAGAUGAUCAUAUUGAAUUUUUAAAGUAUAAUGUACCAAUGUUAUACACUGCUCCAUUACCUUAUCCACGUCACUGGCACAGAGUUUCAGAUACAUUUGAAAAUUUAUCACAACAACAAGUAUAUAGAUGGGGGAUCCUUCUUUCUGAUUACAUGAUUCGUUUGUUGCUGUAA